AUGGUGUUUAUGAAAAAAUAUAAUAAUGAUAUUGAAUUCCAUUCAAUACAUAAUGAAACAUUAUCAUUAAAUAAUAUUCAUACAACUGCAACUACAACUACAACUGAUAAUGAUCAUGAUAAUGAUAAUGAUAAUUUAAUAAUAUUAAAAAGACGUGCUAUUUGUACAUCAAUUAUCGAUUUUAACACAACAACACCAUCAAUUAUUAUCAAUGAUAAUGAUAAUAUUGAUAAUCAAACAGUUGCUGAUCAUAAUAAAGUGAUAAUGAUAACUAAUGAUAAUGAUAAUAUUGAUAAUGAGAUAAUGUCAACGCAUGAUUAUGAGAAUAUGUGUGCUGUCAAUAUAAAUAGAGCACAGUAUGGACAUCAUGGACUACGUUCAUGGCAAGGUUACACUGACAUUGACAUUGAUUUGCAUGAUGACAGCACAAUACAUGACAAACGUAGCACUACAAAUACAAGUACAUGGGAUGAUCAUGAUCAUGAUCAUGAUCAUGAUACAUGUACAACCAUUAGCAGUUCUGAUAAUGAUAAUAAAUAUGAUAGUAUUGAAUCAAUACCUGCAUUAUCAUCACUUGAACCAAUUAAUGAAGAUGAUGAAUUUGAAUCAUUAUCAUUAUCAUUAUCAUUUAAUAAUACAACUGAUAAUGGUGUUGAUAAUAAUAAUUAUAAUAAAUAUUCAUCAUCAUCAUUAAGUACAUUAGUUGCAACUAUUGAUGAAAUAAGACGUUCAUCAACAACAUUACAUCAUUAUCAUAAUGAUAAUGAUAAUGUUACAGAUGAUAGAUCAUUAUCAUUAUCAGAUAAAUAUGAUAAUGAUAAUACUAAUAUAGUUAAUUGUAAUAGUGCAUCAUUUACAUUAGAUCAGAUAUUAUUUUUAUCAGAAUUAAGAGCUGAACAUGAACGUGAACGUGAACCAUUAUCAAAUGAUAAUUAUAAUUAUCAUUUAUCAUCAAUACCUGAUAUUGUUCAACAUACAAGAGGAACAGAUCAUUAUGAUUUCUUUUAA